AUGGAAGCAAAUGAGAUCACAGAAGAUCCUCAAGCCACCAAAGAUGCAAAGAAAUCUUCCUCAAAGGACCCCUCUGCUGAAAACUUGCAGGAACCCACUAGCCCUGAAACUGCCUUGGAGCUCUCCAGCUCACAGGCAUCUUUACAGCCUCCAGACUUCGAAGCCCUCUUUGGGACAUCUGCUUCCCCGAACCCUGAUACUGAAGCCUCUGAGGACCUCUGGAACUCUUCUCUCUCUGAACCUCCUUUACAGUUAUAUACCACUAAGCUUCUUUCCAAAGCAUCCCAGGAUUCCUUAAAGGACCAAGUCUCUGUAAGCCUUUCAAAGUCUUCCCAGUCUGUGGCCUCUCUAGAAAAAGCCAUCACCGAGAUUCCUUUAGAGAACAGUGCAUAUGAGAUUCUUAUCUCUAAGGUACAAUCACCUCUUCAGUCCUCACCAACAAACACUAUCUCUGUGUCUUCCUAUAAGCUUUCUUUUGAUAAAGCCCCACUGACUCAGGCCCCCGAAUCUGAGCAUUUCCUAAAGCACCCCUCUCCAGGGCCUUCCACCCAGGCCACUGUAGACACAUCUUCAAAGCGGGAGGAGGCAGAAGAGGAUGCGCUGAUUGUGGGGACUAGUGAUGUCACUGCUCAUGCAGCCACGCCUCAUGCAAGCAAGAAGAAGGAGAAAAGAGUCAGUGGUUACACAAGCCGCCCAGUGGUCCCUGCUAAGCGGGCAGAGCUGGUGGAUGUGGCUAAGGCAAUGCACAGAGAGAAAUUUGGUGCUCAAGUGAAGAAUCUUUUCCAAUGGGAGAAGGAUUCAGCCCUGAAGGCCAUCCAGACAGGUCUCUACAUUGGCUGGCGCUGCCCCCAUUACUUAUGGGACUGCUUCCGGAUUGGAGAUGAGUCCAAGUGUUUUUGUGGACAUUUGUUGAAAGAACACCAGAUCAUCUCAGAUCUGUCGGUGCCCUGCAGUGUGAGCCAAUGCAGGUGCCUCAUGUUUUGUUUCAUCCCAUCACGCCCAGAGGAGGUGGGUGAGUUCUGGCUUAAGAGACGGGCUACCUUCGAUCCCAAAGCCUGGAGAGCCCAAUGUCGUUGUAAACAUACUCAUGAAGAACAUGCUGCCACUGGAACUCAUCCCUGCAGGCACCGUGGGUGUUGCUGCAACUGUUUUGAGUCAAAUUUCCUCUGUGCUGCCUGUGACCGGCGCUGGGAGGAACAUGAGACUUUCUUUGAGACUGAGGAGACCAGGCGAAGAGGAGGGAGACCUUGUGGGACAGACACUGUCAACAACUGGCACAGGCCUUUCUGAGCUUAGCCAAGAUCAACAAUAAAAGUGGAAGCCAGUAGAA